AAACAAAAAGAAAUAAUCUUAACAUCGUUUCUUUAUCCUCCACGUUUACAUACUCCUGACAUUUGGAUGGCUAGCUGUGAUGCAUUUGUGUUCAGAUUCAGCCGAUUUCGUGCAAAGACCUUCGUCUGCGAUGUAUGCGAUGCCGCCUUCACGUUGAAACAGAAUGUACAGUCGCAUCUCUUCAUCUACCAUGUGCAGAAAGACGGCACAAUGAAGCAACACACACGCCUCAUGUACAAGUGUGAUAAUUGCGAUAAGGUAGUACAUUUACUUUCAACUUAG